AAUUUUUGUUUUUCCUUAUUUUACAAGUUUUAAAGAGGGUUGACUUUGAGCUGCAAACCUUAACCCUGGUUUGGCAUUUUCUUCGCUUUGAUUGAUCUGCUGCAAACCCUAACCCUGAUUUACAGUUUGUCACAAGUCAAUAAAAUUUUAUUUCAACGAAAUCGUGAAUAAAAAUUAUGCCUGGAAAUUUUGAUUCUCUUAUGAAAAAAAAUAAAACGAAUCUGGUUAAUUUAUGGAAAACUAUAAAAACAAUGUUUGUGUUUCCUGAUUUGUCGAAAUAAUGGUCAAUCAAAGAGUAAAUGUGAACCUGAAUUCUAUGGAAACCCUAGAGUGGCGAGUGAACAUUAAUUUUUUUUUCUUUGAUUUACAGUUUUUAAAUCACUCUAGUUCACUUUGAUGUAUCAAAAUAAUGGUCAACGACUUGAUAAACUAUAAAAAGAAUGUUUUUAAAUCACUGAUUUAUUUUGGGUCACCAAAAAGGGUUACAUGUUGCAAAGAUAAAUUAAUUUCUUUUUCACCGCCUUACAUCUUUUAUAUUUAUGUAGAAAUUACUAUUGUUCAUUCAAAGUUCUAUGCAGCAUAACAUGCUAGUUUAAUGCUCAAGAUGCUAUCUUUUGAUCUCAACUGAUGGAUUUCUAAUGGGAUUAGUUGGUAUUAGCUUACAAUUCUGUAGCUCUUUUUUGGGUUGUUAGCCUUUGAUGAACUCAACAGUAUGAUAAAUAACUUCCUCUUAGAAUUUUGUAAUUUUUGGCUGACUUUCUGUUACAAUUUAAAAAAUGAGCCUAUUUAUUGUUCAUUUGUUGGCUAUUGAUUUUUUUGGUCAUGGUAAAUUGAGGGAGUAAAUAUGUGAUAAUCAAUUCCCAACGUGUUUAAGAAAGGUAAGAGUUGAGGCUAGAGAAAGAGUCUGUCGUUGUAGAAGAUUUGUUGUAUGGGUUUAGUUGACGAGUCGUGUAAUUCUGAGUCAAUAAAGGGAGUUAAGAGACAGAGAGAAGUUGUCUAUGCAAGUGUGGGUGAUAUAGAUGAGAGUGAGAGAUUGGUUGUCUCUGUUAGUUAAAUGCAAUUGGAAGGAAUCUUUGUAAUAGCAACCUCUGCCUAGGGGGGGAAACAUGUAUGAGAGAGUGAUGGGUUUCCGCAACUAUGGCAGAUUGUGCGUAUAGAAAGACAGACUUCGAAUAUAAAGUUGGAGAGAGACUGCAGUAAAAUGCACAAGGUAGUGUGUGUGUGAGAGAGAGGUAUUCUGGUAUAGAUUUGGAUUGUUGGAGCUAUCUGAGGUCUGGAUUUAAAUUGCUUGGCCUAUUGACCUAUAAAUUUAUAAUAGUCUCAUGACUGCAUUUCAAGCAACAAAGAGAAAGGAGAUGAGUCCCACAGCUGCGUAUUUGAGAACUAGUGCUUGAUUUUGCUUCCAAUGAAAUGGACAUCUGGAACGCUGCUUGCUAGCUCUAUUUCCCUCGCAUUUCAUGUCACAUUUCCAAUUGGAAUUUAUUCAUGCAUGGAUCAAUGCUUAUUGAUGAAGUUUAUUGCAUGAAUCAGUAGUCAAUAAUUUUUUGCAUAAAUCAACGCUUAUUGCGUGAAUCAAUGCGUAUUGAUGUAAUUGUGGGCAUGCUAAUUUACUGUCUUCUGUUGCCUUUCAAGAUAGUAUCAGUCUUUCACUGCCAAUGCGUCGAAAUUGUUAGGAUAGGAUCUAUUCACAUCUCUUUGAGUUCUUGUGAUCUUUACUUUCCUUAUUUAACUCUGAAAAUAAUUUUUUUCAGUCAGUUGAUUGAUCAAAACUCUGUGACCUUUUCUCUUCAUGACGUUUGUCUUUUUCAAGAACAUCAAAAUGAGAAGCUGAUUGUUAGAUGUCUUUUAUGUCUAGACCGUCUUUUGGAACCUACUUUUGCAUCAUUUGCUGCUUAAACUAGCAGUCACAAGUCACAACUCACACAUACAUGGUGUCUCUAGCAUAAUAGAUUGGGGAAAUGAAUUGUCAUUAGACUUCAAAUAUUGCUUGCUUCUGGUCCCUUUGUUCUAAUUCAUGUAUUUUUCAUUGAAAUCUCAAAUAAUUAGUAGGGUUGCAACUUUUGUAAAAACAGGCUAAGCAUCACGACUUAUUUCUACAUGUCUUUUUCAUUGAAAUCUCAAAUAGUUAGUAGGGUUGUAACUUUUGUAAAAACAGGCUAAACAUCACUACUUAUUUCUACAAUUUUGAGAAUAAAACUUUGCUAUGUAGCUACAUUUGAUUCUGUUUAUUCGAAUGUCAAGGGCCCAUUUUCUGUUAUAGAUUGGACGAACAUGACAUUGCAACACAGUUGUGUCCAUUCUGGGAAUAAAACUUUGCUAUGUAGCUACAUUUGAUACUCUCUCUCUCUCUCUCUCUCAUUAUCUCUCUGUUUGAGUGAUUGCUUUCAUGUUACUAUUUCAAAGGAGGCAAAUCUUCUGUAUUGUACUGGUGUGAUGACAAAAUGGAAUGGUUAGCUUUUAAACUUUUAAAUAUCUAUUUCUUAAAUAAUAGGAAUAUGUUUACUCUUACAUGCUGCUUGUGUAUUGAGUGAAAUUUUGAUAUUAAGAAAAUUAAUUUCGUUUCUUGUUUAUGUAAAUAUUGGUAGCAUCAAAGGGGGUUCAUACUUUUAUGAAAUCUCCAAUCACAAUAAAGUAUUUCUUGAAUCUAUUUACUUGUUUGGUAUUAUUAUAUUUGAUGAAUGGAAGGAACCUUAUUUAAUUACAAAAUGUUAUUGAACCUCAUUUUGCACAUCAUAUCAAUAAAAUACAUAAUGAACUGUGUUACAUGUAGUUUCCAGCUUUCCCGUUACCAAACAGGUGAAAGUACGAGCACUACAGUUUAUCAAAUAGGGUUUCCAGCUUUCACCCUACUAAUUUUCACCUACAUCCCAGAAUUCAUUUCACCUGCAUCCCAAAAUUCAGGAAAGUCAACAGCAAGGGUGAUUCUCAGGGGGAGAUUGCAGUGGAAGUGGAAGCAUCCUGGCUGUGAGAUUCGGCAUUUGCUUAAUUACAAUGCAAACACAGAAUACGAGGAAGGGAGAAUGAAGUUCAAAGCAUUUCUCAGACCCCAUGGUGUCAAUCUCCUGGAAAGAAGAUUUAUUCCGGCUUUUGACAAGAUUGGUAGGGUCUGUCACCUCUACUUGACACGUGACCAUGCGAUUCUGCUUCACAAUCUUCUUAAUGGUGAUGGCAUCCAGGCCAUUGCGCAAUUCAAAAAGGAGGUUCUCUUUGAGGAUUACAGGAUUUCUAGUCAAAACGAUGAUCGCAUUGCAUUGGCAGUGGACCUAGGACUGCUUCACCGGGCUCUACGGAGCAGUGUGAGCAUGGACGGUGACAGGCUGCAGAUCAAGCUCGUCAAGAAGCGUGCCGUUGCCUCUGAACACCCGAUGCCUUUCCUUACGUUUGAAAGCAAGGGCUACAGGUCUGCAGUCAUCCAAGAUGUGCCAGUUUCCAAACCCUUGUCAAGGGUGGAUGUGCAUCAUCUCCAAACCGCUCUUGACAUGGCACAGGGCCUGCCUCAGACCUUGGUUCAAGUUCCCGACUUGUUUCAGUUGCAAUCAUUGGUGGAGCGCCUAAAGCAUGUGGGAGAGUUGCUGAAUGUUUCGAUCACCCAGUAUGGUGAUCUCCACCUCCAAGUCUCAUCUACUCUUGUAACCCUUGGCACCGAAUAUCGCAAAUUACGCGUUCUUGGAGUCCAAGUGGAUGCGCCUGCUGUAGAUGACUCUAUCAGUGCUUCUGCUAGAAUUGAACUGGCACUUCAGAGAGGGGAGGCCUCAUCGGUGCAAGUUAGCAUGAAGCACUUUGCCAAGAGCCUUCAGUGUUACUUGACAAAGCCAGAUUCUGCUUUCUAUGGUAUUGCUUCGCAGGGUGCUUGCUUGACUGUAAUAUUCCAGUUCUUUAUCCCAGGCACAAGGCAGACAGACAGAUCUAUCAGUUUACAUUGCAGGUUACCUGUUCUUGACACUGGAACAGCUUAGACAAUAUAUGUUUCUCCUUAUCACAAGCUGGGAAGUGGAGAAGUUUGUUUUGCUUCUCCUUUUGCAUCAUUUGAAAUGCUUUUUUUUUUUUUUGUGAAAUUGACAUAUAUGCUAACAAAAUAAACUAUAAGCAGUUUCCUAUUGUAAGUAUUAGUGCUACUCAUUUUUGCGUGCUACCCUUUGUUCUUAGUGAUGCUGCUGCAAAUCAUUUGAGUGGAGCUCCUCUUGAGUUUUCUAUUUAUGAUACAAUUUAUUCAAAGCUGCAUACAGGAUGA